AUGAUUUCAUCAUCAGUCUCUGCAAAGCAAGGCCAAUACCCUGAGGCUCUUGAAGCCGCCUUCUCUUCGGAUUGCGUCUUCUACCCGAGCACCUAUGCCAAACUCUUCCACGCUUCAUCCUCCAUCCGCUCCCUCACUGCUAUUCGCCGCCUCCACCGUCGCCUCUCCAAUUCCCUUGUUCUCACUGAUGUUAUCUUGCACAAUCACAUUCUCAAUGCCUAUGGAAAAUGCAGGUCUUUGGAUGAUGCCCUUCAGUUAUUCGACACAAUGCCUGAGAGAAAUCUUGUUUCUUGGACCUCGGUGAUAUCUGGCUUGUCUCAGAACCAUGAGAGCAGGGAAGCCGUUGAGCUCUAUCUCAGUAUGCUUCAGUCUGGUUUUCUUCCUGACCAGUUUGCUCUAGGGAGUGUUGUCAGAGCCUGUUCUGGUUUGCUUGAUAUUGAGCUUGGAAGACAGUUGCAUUGCCAUACCAUCAAAAUGGAUCAUGGGCGAGAUAGGAUUGUUCAGAAUGCGCUUGUUACAAUGUACUCAAGGUCUGACGGUAUCCGGGAUGCUUCCAUUGUGUUUGAGAGGAUUGCUGAUAAGGAUUUGGUUUCAUGGGGUUCGAUGAUUGCUGCAUUGGCUCAGAAAGGACAUGAGUUUGAAGCUUUGUGUCUCUUCAAACAAAUGCUCGACAUUGGUGUUGAUAGGCCGAAUGAGUUCCAUUUCGGCAGCUUGUUCAGUGCUUGUGGGAUUAUAUCUAGGCUGGAUCAAGGAGAGCAAUUGCAUGGUCUCUGUGUUAAGUUUGGUUUGGAGACCGAUAAUUUUGCCGGAUGUUCAUUGAGCGAUAUGUAUGCAAGAUGUGGAAGGUUGGAUCAUGCAAGGAAAGCAUUUUCUCAGAUUGAAAGUCCUGAUUUAGUUUCCUGGAAUUCAAUCAUAAGUGCAUUUGCUUAUGCUGGUUUCCUUAAUGAAGCUUUGUUAUUCUUUUCUCAAAUGCGAGGGUUCAGAUUGCAUCCUGAUGACAUUACUACUCGGGCUCUGCUCUGCGCCUUUACAAGUUCGUCUUCUUUGCACCAAGGCCAACUGGUCCAUUGUUAUGCACUUAAGAUGGGAUUAUGCCGGAAUAUCGCAGUCUUGAACAGUCUACUUGCAAUGUAUACAAAAUGUUCAGAUCUUUAUACUUCAUUUGAUCUUCUUUUUAAGGAUAUCAAUCACAAUCAUGAUAUCGUCUCAUGGAACACAAUUCUUACAGCAUGCUUGCAGUGCCAUCAACCCGAGAAAGUCUUUCAACUAUUAAAAGAACUGCAGAUUUCUUCAAACAAGCCUGAUCAAAUCACUCUGAAUGCUAUAUUAUGCGCUUGUGCUGAUCUGGCCUACCUAGACAUGGGAAAUCAGAUCAAUGCCUAUGCAAUAAAACUCGGUCUAAACACUGAUCCAAUGGUCUGUAACGGGCUGAUUGACGCAUAUGCAAAAUGCGGAAGCUUAGACAAUGCCCGAAAACUGUUUGAGCUGAUGGGUGAUAACCGUGAUGUAUUCUCAUGGAGCAGUUUGAUCGUCGGCUAUGCUCAAUUUGGUUUCGGUAGAGAAUCUCUCGAGCUAUUCACUCUCAUGCAAGACUUAGGCAUAAAACCAAAUCACGUAACAUUUGUCGGAGUUCUUACUGCAUGUAAACACAUCGGUUUGGUAGAUGAAGGCUUGCAUUACUACAAACAAAUGGAAGCAGAAUACCACAUUGCACCAACAAGAGAGCAUUGUUCAUGCAUCAUUGAUUUGUUAGGUCGUUCAGGAAGGUUAAUAGAGGCUGAAAGAUUCAAAGAUGAGAUGCCAUUUGAAGCUGACAUUGUGAUGUUGAAGACAUUGUUAGCUGCAUGCAGGGUGCACAACAAUGUGGAAAUUGGGAAGAGAGCUGCAGAAGGGAUAUUGAAGAUGGAUCCAUUUAAUUCUGCAGCUUAUGUUCUGAUGUGCAGUAUUUAUGCAUCUGCUGGAUGUUGGGAUGAUUUUGCAAGGUUGAGAAAGGCAAUGAAGAGUAAUGGUGUGAUAAAAAUCCCAGGGAGGAGUUGGAUUGAGGUUAAGGGAGAGGUCAAGGUUUUUAUAGUAGAAGACACUUCACACUCUGAAUCAGAUGAGAUUUACAUGGUGUUGGAUGUGUUGCAGAUGGAGAUGCUAGAAGCUGGAUACUCACCCACGCCACUAUCUUGGCAUGAGUGA